UGAUGUUGUGGGAUUGCAACUGUACCUACUAUAAACACACACUUACAGAGAAAGGCUUCUGUGAUUGUCGGAGGUGCCUCUUUAUGCAAAUGAAAGGGAAUAGAAAUUAAGUAAUUUACUCCAAAAUGUAAUGUAAUCUGCAAAUGCAAGGUGUGAAAGUGUGAUUUAAAAGGAAUGCUCUUCUGCCUGAAUUUAAAUUAGAAUCUAUUAGCGUAAGAAUGCAAGUUCCGGUUACGUUAUUCUUUAUUAAAAUUGAGGUAGAAGUAGGCUGGCGAAGCUGUGGAUCAGAUUAAUGCCAAUGGCACAGGGUUUAAGCACCAUUCUGGCUGAGAGAGAUUUCAAGCCUGCCUCCUCACCCUAUCAAUUGUGGGAAUCAUGGCACUUUGUUGUGGCUUGGCAAAUAAUUGCCGACAACCUUCCUUCUAGCAGAAAGAAGAAAAGUGGGGUAAUUUCACAUUCAAUUUUGAUCAAUUAGCAAACUCUCUUGAAUGCUGCCUGCCUAACUUCUAUAGUCCCAUUUUUAAGAAUCAAGGCACACAUCCAAGUGAGUAUUUGCUGAUAUGCUAAAGAUUCAGAUAUCAACUUAAAGGCGGCUGUUGGUCAGUGAAAUGAAAUAGCAAUCAUUUGGAGAUGUAGACCAUGUGAAUCACCAAACAAAUUUUGUCAGGCAACAUGGCUAAUAGUGAACUGUGACUGUUUCUAAUUAUUUAAUUGCAGGUAUUAAUUACAGAGAAAGUGCUCGAGAUGUUGACAAAAUUGAAACUGAAGUUUAUGUAUUCUGUUUAUGCAUUUGUUUAAGAAGAGAUUUUCCAAUGGCUAUGGUACAUUAAAAUUCAAGAAGUGUUGCCAACAAAAUUAUUUUCUAACCAAAUUACUGACAUUUAAGCUGUUUAUUGUUACAAACUUGCUAUGGUUUUAGGAUUCUAGCUUCAAAAUUAAAAUUAGUGUUUAGUAUAAAUAUGCUAUAUUUAGAAUAUUAAGUUAUGUUUAAAAUUGUAAAUAUUGAAACUUUUAUUUUCAGUAUUCUUCUUUCUUUGUAACUUUUAAUGGAUAUGAUAUUGUUUCAACCUUGCUUCCCUGAAAUCCAGGUCUUUUAUUCCCUCCCUUCUGAUCCUUGCUUUUUUUUCAGCCAGAGAGCAUUUUCAAUGUUUGCAUUUUCAUACAUUUCUUCAGUGGUAAGUUGGAACCAUGACAAAGGUGCCAGCUAUAUUGUGAUUUUCUUUGAAUUAAACCCUGUAAAUUAACACAAUUAGCAAAGCAUCAUCCUGUUAAUUAGCUCCCGAUGUCUAGUGCAAUGGUUUGCUAAUGCCGGAGAGGGUGUCAGAUGGGAAUCGACAUGCUGUUCUGUUACCAGGCAAACAGUAUGUUGCAUUUGUUUAGUGGAGCAAGGCUACAGCAGCCGCAUCUGAUGCCUCAUCCAGGCUGUGAACAGCUAAAGAGGGGGAGGAGAUGAGGAAGGGGUGGGAGCUAUUUUAAAAAAAAGACAGUAAUAAUUCAGAGUGGAGCAGUGCCACAGAUGCUUCAAUUUAACUGGGCCUCCCCCUUAUCACAGAAUCUGUGCCAGAGGGUACUGGACUAUUUGUGAAAAAUCACUUUUUGUAAUAUGAUCGAGAUUAAGGAAGCCUGUUGAUACAGCUGCACCAAAACACUAAUGUGUACCAUGCUCAGGCUUGAAGAUGCAGUGGACGCCAGAGCAUGCCCAGCCUCUGAGCCAGUGGCCGGAACAGCACUUUGACAUUUCCUCCACUACUCGUUCACCAGCCCACAAAGCAGACGUGUUCAGAGGCCAUCUGCAACGUACCUAUCAAUAUGCCUGGGCCAACGAUGAUAUCUCUGCACUGACUGCCUCAAACCUACUGAAAAAAUAUGCAGAGAAAUAUUCCGGAAUUUUAGAAGGCCCCACUGAGCGAUCGAUCUUAAGUAGCUACUCAGAGGGGCCACCAGGACUGGUUAAUGGGCGGAAAAAUGAAGGUGAGCCUUGGCAAUCCUCACUGAACUCUGAAGGUGUGUAUCCUAUGAGCUGUGUUCCAGACGUCAUAACUGCGAGUAAAUCAGGAGUGACCACUACCCUUCCACCGACAGAUGCUUCUGGAAAUAUUGGAACCUCUCCUGGAGUAGCCAGCAAUCUGCCAGAACCAAGUUAUUCCACCAGUACCUGUGGCAGUCUCCAUUCUGGGCUCCCACCAGUUGGUGCUUCUCAGGAAUACGCCACAGCUUACAAUGGCUCUUACCUGCAUUCAAGUUACAGUAGUCAAUCAGCUCCAGCACUUCCAUCACCUCAUCCAUCACCUUUGCACAGCUCUGGCCUUCUUCAGCCUCCGCCUCCACCUCCUCCUCCUCCUCCACCCCCUCCACCUCCUUCCUUAGUCCCAGGCUAUAGUACAGGUUCAUCCAAUAUUUCUGGCACUGUGUAUAAUUAUCCCUCCGCUGGCUACCCCCCACAGACUCCUGUUGGCCCUGGCUACAGUCCUGGUGCAGCCCCACCUCCCUCUGCUUAUCUGCCAUCAGGCAUUGCUGCUCCAACUCCUCUCCCUCCAACCACUGUACCAGGCUACAGUUACCAGAGUCAUGGCUUGCCACCAAUUGCUCCAUCACCACUUAGUACCAGCUCAGCCAAUUCUCUGAAAAGAAAAGCUUUCUACAUGGCUGGGCAGGGAGAAAUGGAGCCUAGCUAUGGAAAUUACAGUUACGGACAACAACGGACUGCGCAGAGCCCUAUGUACAGAAUGCCAGAUAAUAGCAUUUCAAACUCAAACAGAGGAAAUGGCUUUGACAGGAGUGCUGAGUCGGCACCUCUAGCAUUUAAACCAACAAAACAGCUGAUGGUCACCGAUCAGCAAAGAAAAUUCAGCAGCCAGUCAAACAGGGCCCUCACACCCCCUUCGUACAGUGCUGGUAAAAAUUCCUUGGGACCAUCAAGAUCCACCGAAUCUUUCAGCAAAUUCACCUCGCCGGUGAUGAAUGAACGUAGUGAUGAGCACAGGCAACUCCUCCCACAUCCAAUCCAGGGCCCAGGCAUUCGCGCAGCUACCUCAUCAAACCGGCCAGCUGAUGAACUGUUGAAGAACACUGAUUCACACCUCAUAGAACUUGUAACCAAUGAAAUUAUAAACCAAGGGCCUCCAAUAGACUGGAGUGACAUAGCAGGCCUUGAAAUGGCUAAGGCAUCUAUAAAGGAGGAGGUUUUAUGGCCCAUACUGAGGCCAGAUGUUUUCACCGGACUCAGUGCUCUACCAAGAAGCAUCCUUUUUUUCGGUCCUCAAGGAACCGGCAAAAUGCUAUUGGGCAGGUGCAUAGCUAGUCAGCUAGGUGCCACCUUCUUCCGAAUCAAUGGCUCAGCACUUAUUUCAAAGUGGCUGGGGGAGGGGGACAAGAUCAUUCAGGCCUCUUUCCUUGUGGCACGCUGUCGUCAGCCCGCUGUCAUUUUCAUCAGUGAAGUUGAUUUGCUUCUUUCAUCACAAGUGAAUGAAGAACCCAGUCCCAUCAGUCGUAUUAAAACAGAGCUCCUCAUGCAGCUGGACACUUCAGUGACCUCUGUGGAGGAUCAGGUUGUGGUAAUUUGCUCCACCAGUAAACCAGAGGAAAUAGAUGAAGCUGGUCGCAGAUACUUUAUGAGACGACUUUUAAUCCCAUUGCCUGACAGUUCAGCAAGGCACCAGAUGGUAAUACACUUGCUCUCACAGCACAACUACUGCCUCAGUGACAAGGAGAUUGCACUGAUCGUGCAGCGUACUGAGAGCUUCUCUGGCUUAGAUGUGGUUCGACUGUGUCAGGAAGCUAUGGUAGGCCCUCUUCAUGCAAUGCAGGGCACAGACCUUUCAGCCAUCAUGCCUAAUCAGUUAAGGCCAAUCACAUACCAGGACUUUGAUAAUGCUUUUUGCAAGAUCCAGCCAAGCAUUUCCCAAAAAGAGCUGGAUGUGUAUGUUGAGUGGAACAAAAUGUUUGGCGGCAGCCAAUGAUAACCCUGUGAAUAUGCAGUGAUCAUUGGUCACAAUAAUGUGCUACAUAGGGAUUAGAAACCCCUUUUUCAGUAGUAUUACAGUUGAAAAAGGUACUAAGGAGACAACAGUGACCUUGGCAUAUGACUGACAGUCAGGGUAAACUUGAAGGAAGAGCGCAAAAUGUCAGAGCUACUCAAAUGUAAGCUGUAUAUGGAAAAGCUUAUGUUGAUGUUUAGUUCUGCUCAAACAAGACGACGCUCACCAAGGUGCAGAGAAAAGUGGGUUGUUUUCAAAGGACAGGAACCCUCUGUGUUGAUUCCAUUCUGCUGUUCUUGAGAUUCAGUUGCUGUCAAGUGCCUGAAGUGGUGCUUUAUUUUUUUGUUUGCCUCACAAUUCAGUAGGUGGCAUGUGCUAAUACAAGAGCUUUAACUUUAAACAGUUUUGAACUAAAUGUUUAUUGAGAAAUCAACGGUUGUAAUAGGAGGUGGCUAGCCAGCUUUUGCCAUUCUUAGGACAACAGUAUUCCUCAAUCCUGUCUGUUCUGCAGUAUCAUCUGCAAACAGUAAAGCAGGGUAUUGAUAAUCUGGACCUUAAUUUUAGCAGUUCAGUUCUUUUAAUGUUCUGUCCGCAAAUACUCAGGAAAGUGAUUGUGAUUUGUACCUCAAAGGAAUGUGUUGAAAGCACUAUGUACUGCUGGGAGUCAUAGGCUGGGUUUCUCAUUACUAAUAUUACUGUAUGUUUACCUCAAAGAAAAUAUAGCGAGGAGAUGACUUUGAAUGUAUCUAGGUUUAUUCUGAAGUGGUCCGUCAGAACCUUUUACACUGUUUACCUGUUCCAGGCUUAAACAGAAGGAUGAGUCCUUAUUGUGAAAGCGAUUGCUUUCCAACUUGGGGGUAAAUUCAGCCCAAGCUCCUCUUUAUCGUAGUGAACUUUAGCAACUGACAAUAAUGUUUGUGAUCUUACAGUAGCUGCAGUACCCAGUCAGGAGGUGCACAUGUCAAUUGAAAGCCACUUUAAUAAUUAAGUAUUUGGGGAAAUAAUUUUUCAUAUUCUUUAUUUGGUGGUUCACUACUAUCUGAAAGGCACACUUAGCUGUGAACUAUGACUGUUGACCUUCAAGCCACUACCGACUGGUUACAGUUGUAGCUUCUAGGUUAUUGAGAUGGGGGUGGGGAAGGGUUCAUUAUAUGUCAAAGUUGGAAGGUCAUGGGUCACAGAGCUACUACAUGUGGCAGGCAGUUGGCUAGCUGCUGGAUAAGCAGUAGCUAAGCAUGAAAAUGAAUGGAAGAUUUUCAGUAUACUGAAAAGACUUUUUGUGUUCAGUUUCAGAUUAAUUUAACUAUCAUUCCUCAUAGAUGUGCCCAAGGAGGAAGUGUCCUGCUUUCUGUUCUACCUCAGUUUUGUUAUAUUCUCUCUGAAAGCAGAUUAUUAGAGGGUUUUUGAAGUCAGAUUACACUUUGGUAUGCUAACCUGCAGAACAAGUUUCUGUGAGCUGCUAAUUUUCCCUCAAGUGAGCUUCACGUUUCUCCUUCCUUCAGCCAUACAUUCUGCAGAGUGUUCUUUCUGGAACAACUAUUAGCUGGCAUGUGUGGCAUUUUUAUCACCCCUCCUGUGUUGUCUUUCUUUUUAUCCUUUAAUGCUUUAUGUGCAACUUUUUGUUUUUGACAGCUGAUUGAUGUUGGGUAAUGUCUCUGAACAGGAGUAGCUUAGGCUGCAGCUGCCCCAAAGCUUGUGACUGCAUGAGCAAAACAGUCUCGCUCGCUGCUGAAUGUAUCGUUUUUUUCCAAUUCUUUAUUUUAUACAGUUAAAGAACUGUUGCAAAGCACUGGUACUUUGUGUUGCCAUUAAAUAAUGUAAGUUUAAAAGCAUUUUUAAAAAAAGAAUCUGCACUGAAAACGCCAAACUAGAAGAUAAAGAAGUUAGGUUUUGCCCCAUGUAUUAUUUUUGUGAAAAAAGCUCAUUUUAAUUAGAAUUUCAGAGUAUCCUUCUCACAGUUUUUUUUUAAACAUGCUACAGUCUAAAAUCAAUAUUUCUCUUAAAGUUUGCCAAUGCACUGUGCUGACCCUUUUUGUUGUCUUUAGGUUAGCCAUUAAUUUUGGUGUCUGCUUUCAAACUAGAUUUUUAUUUCAGUCUUGAUGCAUUUAUUGGAAAUGAUAAAAUGAAACUUAAUUCAAUAAUUCCAGCAAACCCACCAAUUGGAAGACCCAAUAAUGGUUUGCAGUAUUUUCUUUAGCUUGGAUUAUUUGUGGGUUAAAAUAAAAGGACACAGACAUCAGUGCUGUGGACUAUUCUAUCCUAAUGUGCCACCUAAAUGUGACAUCCAUGUUAUAUCCAAAUAGGCUUUAGCUUUUUAAAAACAAAAUCAUACCAUUUUAACUAAUGCAUGCCAUCAGACUGCAGCUAUUAAACUGAUACAAUUACCAUUGGUUUUCCACAUGUGUAUUUAUUCAUUUCUAAUCUGUUUUGAAUGCAACAUGGAAACCAAAGUUUGUGGCUUGUUGGUAGAAAUAAAAUUUGCUUUGCCCCAAAAUAAAUUUAAUAUUUUAUCUUUUAGAACAUUUUUCUUUGAUUUAGCAAUUUGUGAGCUGUAAACGAUCAGCUUACAUGGGUGGAAUUUAUUUUUGAGCAGAAUUUUCUUAACAGCCCGAUAUUUCUAACAGUAAUUUAAAUUCUGACCAUCUAAACUAAUUAACAGAAUGUGAAAUUAGUUUUAUUUGUGAAAGCUCUUUAGUCAGCACUCAUGCUCUUGAAGUGUAAAUAGGUUUAAUGUUGUGCUGGAGGUCAUUCAGCCAGAGAUGCUGGAGUGUGUCAGGCAACGAAAAUCUGUACAGUAUUAUGUUUUUGAGUCAUUGUUAAAAUUUUACACAAACACCUUAUAGCACAGAGAUAGGCAGCAUUUAAUUACAAUGGCACAUUCUACCUCCUUCCCCAAUCCUAAUCAGCUGUUCCUGUUACAGCACACAGUCAUUGCCUGUCAUUCUAAAUUCUUCUCCGUUCUUAAAUGUAACACUAGUAGUGUAGCACAAUACACAGCAUUGUUAAAGGCAGUUCAAUUUAAAAUGGAAGGAUGGCACAUCCGAGCCCUUACGAUAGCCACAUUGUAGGCAGUUUGGGUCAGCCAUGCUGCGGGACUGAGAAAAAUGAAAUAAUAGAACAGAAUGUUCAGCAUUUAAAAUGGUCCUACUGAAGUGUUUUGAGCACAAUCAUUCCUGUUUUAACAUCAUAAAGCUACUAUUGUGAAAGAGCUUGAAAAAAUUAUUUGCAGUUUAGCCACUCAGAAUUUUCGUUUAAACUACAUCUGUUGUAAAUUCAAACAUUGUUGCAUUCUUUGUAACCAUUUCUACCUCAUUGCUACAUAUUGUACAUGUAGUAUUUAUUAUUUUAUGUCCUUUUUGAAUGUCAUGCAUUUGUAAAAUAAAAGACUUGUCCUUGAACUUGGAACAGUCUACCUCAGAAAGACUGUCAUUACACUGAACAGUAUUAUCAACCUAAAUGAUAGAAGCAUUAGGAAAGUGUGGCCGUGUAGAUAAUGCACACCUACUGGUGAUAUAGUUGGACUGGAAAAUAAUACUCAUGACCAGACCAUUUCUGUAAGAUGUUUGUUACUGUAUAUGCCUUUUUGUGUGGCAAUAAGUGCUACAAUUAAUUUGUGUUGUAUUUAAUUCUGGCCCAUCAAGUGAACAAUAAUUAAGGAUUGUACUAAUUUUUUUUAAAAAAGAGGAUAGAUCCUUAAAUCCAUAUCUUUUUGAAAAAAAAACCUUCUAAAGACACAAAAGUCCUAUACAGUAUCAUAAAAUUUGAAUAUUUUUCAGCAGGUUUUAAAAUACAUGCAUAUAUUAUUUUGUAUCUGCUGAAACCAAAUUUGUCUUUACUGCACUGUGUAAAGACUUUCCCAUCUUUUAGGCUGCACAGUAUCACUAAUUAAGAAAAAAGGUCAGUUAAUAAAUUCACAUCAUUUGUGAACAUUAUUUGUGUAAAUGAAACAUUUCUGGUUUAAACUGUUUUUUUUUCAGUUGCUGAUGUGAUGGGAUCAUUAUAUGGUUGAAUGUAUGUGCAUUGGAAACUGCUUUACAAUUAAAUUGGAGGUCUCGAAUGAGUUCCUGAAAUUGUUGCAAUGCAUUUUGUCCUCAUUGGUGCAGUAUCAUUGUAAACCUCUGCAUCUCAGUCCUAGAAAGUAGUAAGGCACUGUAGUCUGGAAAUUCAGUGCUGAAUCCUAUUAUAUUAUCUAGCCACAUAGAAUCUUUCUUUUCAUAAUUACUUGCUACCACAGGGAAAUUAUUGGAGUAAAUUUUCAUAUAGAAUAACUAGUUUAAGUAGUUACCAUGAAAAGAAAAUUUGUGGUUCAAGGCAGAUAUUUUUAUGAAAAGUUUUCUCUAUUGUACAAUUUGUUGUAUAUGGCUAUGCUACUAAAUAUGGAAACAGAAAAGAACAAGCAUACCUCAAAUAA